UUUGUGAUAUGUUAUAAUAAUUUAGGUUAAACUGAGAAGAAAGAGAAAUUUAUCACGAAAUAUUUCUGGAAUGAGCAUACCGAAGAAAUGACAAAUAUAUCAUAUAUACACGGAUAUAUAUCGGAUAUACACAUUUAGCUGUGCUUAAACAUGCCAUGCUGGUACUAUGAAAAGAAGGAACUACGAAACACACCAUCCAUUCAGGAUGGCAUCGAUUAUGAGACGGAAUGUAGAUACAGGAAAGAAGGUGCACGUUUUAUAAUCGACACUGGUACAAAAAUGGAUCUAGGUUAUAAUACAAUGGCAACAGGCGUCGUUUACUUUCAUCGAUUUUAUAUGUUUCACUCAUUUAAGAAUUUCCCGCGAUAUGUAACAGCUUGCUGCUGUUUACUCUUGGCUGGUAAAGUCGAAGAAACUCCAAAGAAAUGUAAAGAUAUCAUAAAAACUGCUAAGACUUUAGUGUCUGAACAGAAAUUUAUGACAUUUGGGGAAGAUCCUAAAGAAGAAGUCUUAACGUUGGAGAAGAUUUUAUUGCAAACCAUUAAAUUUGAUCUGCAAGUGGAACACCCAUAUAGCUAUUUAUUGAAAUAUGCAAAAUGUCUUAAAGGUGAUAAAAAUAAGUUGCAGAAAAUGGUACAGAUGGCUUGGACAUUUGUCAAUGACAGUUUAUGUACUACUCUCUCAUUGCAAUGGGAGCCAGAAAUCAUAGCUGUUGCUCUAAUGUACUUAGCUGGAAAAUUAAGCAAGUUUGAAGUGUUAGACUGGGUCGGAAGACAACCGAAACAUUUACGUUGGUGGGAUAUGUUUGUUGAAGAUGUAACGAUGGAUCUGUUGGAAGAUAUUUGUCAUCAAGUAUUAGAUUUAUACUCACAAGCUAAUAAUACGAAACCACCUGAUUCACCACCCAUGAUACCAUCUAGUGAAGUGUGCAGAGAACGACCCAUUCCUACUGCUAAUGUAGAAUCAGCGUCUAACACACCGAAUGUGACUCCUGGAAAAUCCUCCAAGAUUGAAACACCUGUAGUUUCUGCAAAUGGCUGUCCACCUGCAGACGUCGCAGAUACAAUAAAACCAAUGGACGUCCCAACGACGCAUUUCCCCACCUAUCCGGCAAAUUUCGCGGCCUCUAACAAUUCAAGUUAUCCGCCAGCGUUCCCGCCUGCGAAUGUUUCAGUUCCUCCUCCUCCUGUCAACACGAUGAAUCAUAUAGUGCCAACGAUGCAUCACAUUGGAUCAUCAGCUGCUAUUCGUCCGACACCACCAGCGGCAUCGACUACGAACCAACCACCAUUUCAACCGUAUUCCUACCCAACAAACGCGUCGUACUUUUCAGCGAAUAAUCCAAUUCCACCUGCCGCACCACCACGCAAUUAUUACCCACCGCAACCAUAA